AGUUUGAUGUUCCAGCAAGUGCCCAUGGUUGAAACUGAUGGGAUGAAGCUGGUGCAGACCAGAGCCAUUCUCAGCUACAUUGCCACCAAAUACGACCUCUAUGGGAAAGACAUGAAAGAGAGAGCCCUGAUUGAUAUGUAUUCAGAAGGUGUGACAGAUUUGGGUGAGAUGAUCAUGCUUUUGCCAGUGAACCCACCUGAUCAAAAGGAUGUCAAGAUGACGCUGAUCUGCGAAAGAACAACAAACCGUUACCUCCCUGCAUUUGAAAAAGUGAGUGGACUGUUUAGUGUUUUGGGCACUGAGAUCAGAGGACCAAGAAAAAUAGUGCCUGGCAUUGCAGGGACAUUGACCUUCACCUCUCAUGGAACCAGUGGCCCUGAAUGCUGUGGGAGGGGCUUUUCCCUAACCCGACUCUCUCUGCUUCAGAGAGGAGUUCAGUCAACUGUAACAACAGCUUAUAAACACAUGUGGACUUGGCUUUGAGGUGCUGAGCCAAGUGGGAGACAGACUUUCAUAAGCAAUAACUGAGCUUUGGUGCUAGCUGAGCUAGUGUGCAACAUCAGUGAAAAGAAAAGUCCACAUUUCUCCUCUCUGUUGCAGGUGAACAGGAGGGGAUGGUACAGCAUUACGAGAAUUCCUCUCCUUAUUGAUUAUUUUUGGACACACCCAGAAACUUCUUUAAGGAGGCUUUUGGGUUAAUAGUUUAAAAGGCUGAUUUUUCUUUUUGGUUAUGAUUUCUCCCUUAAGUCGUCUCCCACUUUGUAGCAUUUUUGUUUAAGCUAAAACAGAGCACA